AUGGAUGACAAUGUUCAGGGGAAUGGAAAGAAUGUAGUGAUUGGCAUUUGUGAUGACUCUAGCAAUGAUGACGGAAAUGACGAAAAACGGUUGGAUGAAUUAACUGAAGACGAAGUCUAUCAAAUGAGAUUUGACAUGCAUGAGGAUGGAGAAACAUUCUAUAAUGCAUGUGCCAAAGUGAACGGCUUUAGUAUUCGAAACUAUAAUAUGCACAAGGACAAUGCUGGGCCUCGUGGUAUCCCUUUUUUCCGCUCCCACGGGAAGGUUAGUAGUUCUGAUAAAGCAUCAGCCAAUAUUAUGCAUAAAGUUGGUAUUAAAACAAGUCACAUAAUGGAUUUUGCGGCUCAACACUCCGGUGGAUAUGAAUCUGUCGAAUACACGCAAAAAGAUCUUUACAAUCAUUUUACAGCUCAGCGCAAUAUAGAGGUUGUGGAUGGUGAUGCGGAAGAUUAUAUGUGCUUUGGAGAUGUGCUAAUAUUUGAUGCGACUUAUCGGACAAAUACAUAUCAAAAGCUGUUGGUGAUACUAGUUGGAGUUAAUAGUCACUUUCAAACAGCAAUUUUUGGUUGUGUAUUGUUGAAUGUUGAGGCUUAUACAUGGGUGUUGGAAAGAUUUCUUGAUUCCACGGACUACAAGAAGCCUGUGUCGCUAACUUUGAGAAACAUAUCAAUGUCAACUGAAGAAGAGUUUGAAGUUGCAUGGAAGAAUCUUUUGGACGACGAUAGCCUUCACCUAAACAAGUGGGUGGUAGAUGUUUAUAAAAAGACCUUAUGGGCAGAGGCAUACCUACGAGCAUUUGAUAGGGCUCUUGCAAAACUUCAUCAUAAUGAGGUUAAGACACAAGUUGAAACAUUUGAUCUCAGUCAUGAAAAUGGAGCGCAUGAGAGAAAUAUCCUCUGGUUUGAUCUUACAGAGGUGGACAAAAUUGGCGAAAUCCUUCCCCCUGCAUAG